UUUCUCUUUUACCUAGCUGAUCCAAGCUCUUCUUGGAAAAUUCAUCUUACAUGCAUUCUCUAAAUGCUUUUUAUUCAGUCAUCCUGGUCUGAGAAAUGAGCCACUUUUCGGGCACUCUGUAAAGUGUUCUGUACUUUACAAAUCCUAUUGAAAUGUCUGCUUCUCUACAGGGUUAUAAGCUUUCUGGUGGCAGAGAUUGUACCUUGUUGAAUUUUGUGUUCCUUCUGCCUGACACAUAUUUGUUCAAUAAAUGUUUAUAGAGGUGAACUGAACAGUAAGAAAAGAUUUGCUACUCUAUUAAUCUCAUACCCCAAAUUCACUCUUUAAGAAUUAACUGAAGGAAAAACCAUGACCUGGAAAGAGGAGUUAGAAUGCUUAGAAACAGUCAGAUAGUAUAAAGCUAGAAUGUUUGAGGAUGGUCUAAAUGUUAUUUCUGGGAAAUAGUAUCACAAGAAAUAAAAAAGUAUUACAAUCACUUUUUCUCUCUAUUGCCGAGUUUUCAUGUUUGCAAAAUAGGCAAAACAAUGGUGCUUAUCUCGUUGAACUAUAAAAAUUAACUAAAUAUUGAAUUCAAGGCACUUGUUAAAAUGUUUGAUGAGUAGUAAGUGCUAAUAAGAGUUAGCUAUUGUUAUUUUUACAGUAAUAGUAAUAGUAGUUGGAGUAAUAGUUGUAAUUUACGUGCUACUUUUAAGUUAAAAAGAGAGAGAAAUGAGGUUUUGGCAUGGAUUCAGCAGUCACCUUAAUCUAGUGUUUUUCUUUCCUUCUUUACCUCAGCCUCCCAUGGAUCAAUACAACCAUUCAAGACUGGCUGAAUUUGUGUUCUUUGGCUUUGCCAGUAGGGGCUACGUCAGGGGCUGCCUUUUUGUCCUGCUGCUGUUGGCAUACCUGUUCACCAUCUGUGGCAACAUGCUCAUCUUCUUAGUCAUCCAACUGGAAUCAGCCCUGCACACACCCAUGUACCACUUUGUCAGUGUUCUCUCCUUCUUGGAGUUGUGGUAUACGGCUACCACCAUCCCUAAGAUGCUAGCUAAUAUUCUCAGUGAGAAGAAGACCAUUUCUUUUGCAGGAUGCCUCCUUCAGACCUAUUUCUUUCACUCCUUGGGAGCCUCUGAAUGCUACCUUCUUACAGCCAUGGCCUAUGAUAGAUACCUGGCCAUUUGUCGGCCCCUCCACUACCCUGCAAUUAUGACGACCACCCUCUGUGCCAAGAUGGCUGCCGCUUGUUGGACUUGUGGCUUCCUGUGUCCAAUUUCUGAGGUCAUCCUGGUCUCCCAGCUCCCAUUCUGUGGUUACAACGAAAUCCAACACAUUUUCUGUGACUUUCCACCUUUGCUGAGCUUGGCCUGCAAGGACACAUCCACUAACAUUCUGGUGGACUUUGCCAUUAAUGCCUUCAUAAUUCUUAUCACUUUCUUCUUUAUCACGAUUUCUUAUGCAAGGAUCAUUGGGGCUGUGCUGCAGAUAAAAACAGCAGCAGGAAGAAAGAAGGCCUUCUCUACCUGUGGCUCGCAUCUUGCUGCGGUCCUUGUCUUCUUUGGGAGCAUCAUCUUCAUGUACGUGCGACUAAAGAAGAGCUAUUCACUGACCCUUGACUGGACACUUGCUAUAGUUUACUCGGUACUAACACCAAUGGUCAACCCAAUUAUCUACAGUCUUCGUAACAAGGAACUCAUUAAAGCCAUCAAGAGGACCAUCCUCCAGAAGGGGGAUAAAGCUAGUCUUGCUCAUCAGUGACUUCCUUCCAAGGUCCCUUCUCACUUCCAUAUUCAAUUCAUAAAAGUUCUGUGUUCCUUUAGCUUGGCCUUGAAUAAUCUUCCCAUCAUCACACAUGCUCUGAAUUUCAUUUCCUUUCACCUCUUCAAAGACUUAAUUUCUUUAUGGUUUUCUUGUUUUCUAUAUCUUUAAUUUUUCCAUUUUUUACUUGAUCACUUAUAUCAGCAUUUAAGAAUAUUAUAGUCUCUAUAUUCUUCUUAAAAAAAAAACAACCAUGUAUAUUUCCGUGGCCACACAUGUCCAUCCAGCUAGAGAUCAAUUUCUCUGCUCCUUUUUCCAAUCAAACUUCUUUUCAACCCAUUCCAAUCUUAUUUUGACUCAGGCCUUCCAGCUAAUAUUUUGUGAAGGUCAUUAUUGACCUCCAUGCUACCAAAUCCAUUAGAAAGUUAUUUUCCUCCUCUGGCCUGACCUCUUGACACAUGACCAGUUUCUAUGCCUCAACUCCCUUAGCUUUUUUUUCCUUCACUCUCAUGACAUCUUUACCCCCCAGUUUUCUUCUUAUCUUUCUAGUGAGUCUUUCCCAGCCUUCGUUGUCCUGCCAUGCUAUCUCCUUAGAUACUCAGAGUUAUUCUCAUGGAUUUAAAUACAAUCUCUAUCACAAGGGCUCUUAAAUUUUUCUUUCCAAACUACAGUUUUUCUCUAAAAUUUGGACUUAUAUGUUCAACUUCCUACUUAUCAACACUACCUGGAUUGGAAUUCUCAAUAAUUUAAAACUUAACAUGUCAAAAUGGUUUCUUAAAAUUUCUAACCAUAAAACCUUGAUGCUUUUGUUUUCCUUGUGUUUCUUCUAGAACAUUUCAAAAACUCUAUCUUGCUUCCUUUUCUUGCACCCAUAAUUCUGAUAAAUUAUUAAUGUAUGCUAAUCUUUUCACAAAAUAUAUUCUUAAAUCAAUUUAUUUCUUAUUCUCUUUAGUGUUGCUAUCCUGGUAUAAAUCACCAAUAUCUUUCAACUGGAUUAGUAUAAUAAUAUUCUACCCACACUCCUUUCUUCUACUCUCAUUCUAUCCUAAUAUAUUUUCCCACAUAAAACACAGAGAAAUGUAUUUGAAACCUAAAUUGUAUAUAUCAUUUUAUAAAAACACAAGAAAUUCUCAAUUGCUUUUAGGAUAAAAUUCAAAGCCUCACCAUACUUUAUAGGGCUAAACAAAAUUCUUCCCUGCCUUCCUCUCCAAUAUAGACUUAUACCGCUUCUCCCUCAGCUCCCUCUUCCCUAGUUACAUGAUUAGUCUUUCAGGUCUUCAAAUACAUUAUGGAUUUUUCUGGCUUCAGGAUCUUUACUCUGUUUUUUCCCCAACAUUUCAUUUGGCUCACUCUUCCUAAUUGUGUGAGUUUCUGUUCAAAUAUCAAUUUCCAGACAUUACCUUUGAGAGGACUUCUGAACACUCAAUCUAAUUUAUGUCACUCAUUUUUAUCUAUGAUGUAUGUUUUGCUUUUCCUCAAAAUAUGUAUCGCAAUUUAUAUAUUUGUGGACAUUUGUGUAUGUAUAGAUAUAGUUAUAGAUAGACAUAGUGUGUCAUUCUUUUCUACCAGUAUCUAUAAACUGGAUUUUGUCUGAAAUUAUUUCAGUUUCGUUAUUCGUUAUAUGUACAGAAUCUAGCACAGAGCCUAAACGAGAUGAAUAUUUGAUGCAGGUAUAAUAAAUGAAACAUGUAAUGAAUCUUACCCACAUCUGUCACCAACCCUGAACAAUGACAUCAUGAAUCGAAUCUAAUCAUUACUGAAACCCACUCUUCUAUAGAAUGCAUCGGUCUUCCCCAGUUGUACUAACUUGUUUUCUGAACAACCCAUCUCAACUUGUCUCACAUCUGCAUUUUGAAUUUCCUUUGAUAGUACUGGUAACUAGUCCUUAGUUAGCCGCUGUGUAUCACACUAGGUUAUCUUUUCUGGACUGUAUUUUUUUUUUUUUUUUUUUUUUACUUACAAACUUUGGUGGGCAGGUAAGCUCUCUCCAGAUAAUAUUCAUUUUUAGCAUUAUAUGGUUAUGUGUAAACAUACAUUUUCAUGUCAUUUGGGAAAAUGCCUAAGUGUAGGAUUGCUGGGUCACAUGAUAAACAUAUGUUUAUAAUUAACUAUCUAACUGUGUUCCAAAGACUAGUGCUUUUUGGGUCCCUCAGCUGCGGUGCAAUGUGGGGAAUGUGUGGUGCGAGUCCAUUCAGCGUGGGCAGCUUUCCUGAGCUGUGGGAAUAGACUUGUCAUGAGCCCUAGGCUUCUGUUUCUCAUUGCUGCCUGUCCAUGAGUAAUAAAUCUGCUUUUCGUUAUUUGUUCUGUGAGUGUUUUGUCUCACCAGAUUCAUGAACUUGGUAGAGAACCUUUGCAUAGAUAUGCGUGUCCUUUACUCCAAAUCUUCCCUGCUGUUCUCCACACAAUUUUAUCAAGUAUUUUGGUAAAAUAAACACACAGUACAUUUCUUCUAUAUACAGCCAGUUAUUUUCUGUAAACAGUGGUGGUAAAAGACGAGGUUGAGAUGCUAAUGAGGACUGAGGAAGUUAAUGGAGC